AUGCAACACUCAUACAAGAAAGCGGCCGUCUCUGAGUUGCCAACAACUAGCUUUGACGCUACACAUGGUCUUACGAAACGCGCAAACUCAGCUGGAUGCGGAAAGACACCCACACUAACGUCGGGCGUUAAGAAUAUCAACGUCAAUGGGAAGAACCGUCAAUACACCAUUCGUGUGCCUUCUGGAUACGACAAGAGCAAGCCCUACAAGUUGAUUUUCGCCUUUCAUUGGAAUGGUGGCACCAUGCGAGACGUCUCCAGUGGCGGAUCUGACGGUGCUCUAUGGGCAUAUUAUGGCAUGCAGAAAAAGUCUAACGAGGGUGCUAUCCUGGUUGCGCCACAGGGUCUGAAUAACGGUUGGCCGAACAGCGGUGGGGAGGAUAUCGCAUUUCUCGACGCGAUGAGGAACUCAAUCGAGGCAGACCUUUGCGUUGACACAACAAAAAGAUUCGCCACGGGCUUUUCGUACGGCGGAUCGAUGUCUUUUUCCAUUGCAUGCUCCCGCGCUAAAGACUUUCGCGCAGUUGCUGUUAUCUCUGGAGGGCAGAUAAGCGGAUGUAACGGUGGAAAUGAUCCUGUCGCGUACCUUGGGAUUCAUGGCAUCAGUGAUGGGACACUGAAUAUUGCUGGCGGCCGGGCAUUACGUGAUAGGUUCGUUAAGAACAAUGGUUGCACAAGCCAGAGCCCCAAGGAGCCCGCGGCCGGUAGUAAGACACAUGUAACAACGAAAUACUCUGGCUGCAAGUCUGGGUAUCCAGUCACAUGGCUUGCGUUCGAUGGUGGACAUGCGCCUGCACCUGUGGACGGUGGGGGUGACAGUGGCGCUCGCAGCUAUAUUCCAGAUGAGAUUUGGGGAUUCUUCAAUCAGUUCUAG